AUGUCUAACAAACGCAUCGAACAAAGCGAAAUCGAAAAAUAUUGGGAGAUAUUUGCAUCUUUAUCAAAUGGUGGAACACAUCUCACGGGCGCGCAGGCAGCGCCGGUUCUGAAAAACAGUCAACUACGAGAUGAUCAACUCGAACGGAUAUGGGAUCUCGCAGAUGUCGACAAUGAUGGGAAUCUAGAUUUUGAGGAGUUUUGUGUGGCUAUGAGAUUAAUUUUCGAUCUUGUCAACGGGGAAUAUGCAGAUGUACCACCAGCACUACCUGACUGGCUUGUUCCAGAAUCGAAGGCACAUUUAGUCCAGGCUAGUCGAGCACUUACGGGAAGACAGGUUCAAUUCGAACGCGUUGAAGACGACGAUGACACGCCGGGCUUGAAAGAUGGCUUCGAUUGGUAUAUGAGUCCGUCAGACAAAUCCAAAUACGAAGAGAUAUACGCUGCGAAUAGGGAUGGCAGAGGAGAUAUAACUUAUACCCUCUACUCUUCGCUUGACGUACCAGAUACAGAUGUUCGUUCAGCCUGGAACUUAAUCAAUCCAUCCGCAGCUCCCGCCAUUUCCAAAGAUGCCACCCUCGCCUUCUUACACAUACUUAAUAAUCGACACGAAGGAUAUCGCAUUCCUAGAACUGUUCCUCCAUCCCUCAGAGCAAGUUUUGAACGGAACCAAAUCGAUUACCAAUUAGACAAUCAACGUGUAGCAUCACCGGCGCAAAAAUGGGGCGUUACAGGUGGUGAAGAAACAAGUACUGGUCGCAAAGCUAAAUUCGGAGAGACAUAUAUGAGUCGACUUGGAUUAGGUGGGAAGAGCAGUUACAGACCUGCUGGUACUGAUUUCUCAGGUACAAAAACGACCGAGGAUUGGGAGGAAGUAAGAUUAAAGAAACAACUCGCAGAGCUCGAAGCCAAGAUUGAGAAGGUUGAAGCUGCAGCUGCAGCGAGAUCCGGCGGACGACGGGAUACCAAGCCAGCUUUAGUCAAGAGAGAAUUGGAACAGUUGCUAGACUACAAGCGUCGAGAAUUACGAGAUCUGGAAUCCGGUGAGGGAAGAAGUAAAGUUGGUGCAAGCUUAAAGGGUGUUGCGGAUGAGAUCGCUACCGUCAGGGAACAGGUCGAUGGAUUGGAAGCACAUUUGAGGUCACGCGAACAGGUCUUGGAGGAAUUGAAGCAAGAGAUUGAAAACGAGAAGAUCAGCCGAUAG